UUGUGGCUGGUGUAUUCUGGGAUGGGUUCCCAGUGGCCUGGUAUGGGACGUGCAAUGAUGAGGUUCGAAGUUUUCCGUCGCUCAAUUGAACGAUGUGACACUGUCCUACAGAAACAUGGACUUCAUCUACAGAAGAUGAUCAUGGAAGGCGAGGAGAAUACUUACGAGAGUGUCCUUCACUCCUUUGUAGGACUGGCCUCAAUACAGGUAGCUCUUACGGAUAUGUUGCUGUGUAUGGAUAUAAAACCUGAUGGCAUUCUUGGCCACUCUGUCGGAGAAUUGGGAUGUGGCUAUGCUGACGGCUCAAUGACUGCUGAGGAAACUGUCCUUGCUGCAUACUGGAGAGGUCGCUGUGUGGAGGAGGCUAAACUUCCUCCAGGGGGCAUGGCAGCAGUUGGGCUAACCUGGAAGGAAGCUACUGACCAAUGCCCCGAGGAUGUUGUUCCAGCCUGUCACAACUCCACAAACACAGUCACAGUGUCUGGUCCAGUUGAUGCAGUAUCAACCUUUGUGACCAAGCUCAAAGACCGUGGUGUGUUUGCUCGACAGGUCAACAGUGCAGGAGUUGCCUUUCACUCAAAAGACAUGCUUAAAGUGGCACCCCUACUCAAAUCUCACUUGUCAGAAGUAAUAAAACCAAAGCAAAGAAGUUCAAAGUGGGUCAGUUCCUCUGUACCCGAGUCAGAAUGGGACAGUGAGAAAGCAAAAUGGUCAUCUGCAGAUUAUGUUGUCAACAAUUUGGUUAGUCCUGUGCUUUUCCAGGAAGCACUCCAACACAUUCCUGAAAAUGCCUGUGUGAUUGAGAUUGCCCCACACUGUCUCCUUCAAGCAGUGAUCAAGCGUUCCCUUCCCAAAACAUGUUCCAUAUUUGGUGUAAUGAAGAAGCAACAUGAAAAUAACCAGGAGUUUUUCUACUCCAACCUUGGCAAGUGUUAUCUAGAGGGUGUGAGACUGAAUCCCUUGGGGUUGUUCCCUGCCAUCCAGCUUCCUGUACCCAGGGGCACCCCCAUGAUUAGUCCAGUCAUAGGAUGGGACCACAGUCAAACCUGGGCAGUAGCUGACCCAGAAAACUUCAUCACAGAGGGCCUGGCAUGCCUCUAUGAGAUUGACUUGUCACCUGAAUCAAAAUACCACUUCAUUAUCGACCAUCGAGUCAAUGGUCUAGACUUGUUCCCAGCAUCAGGCUACCUCACUCUGGCGUGGCGAGCCCUGGCAAGGGUCUGGGGACAGCUUUACACAAGGAUGCCUGUCUCUUUUUCAAACGUUGUGUUCCACCGUGCCACCAUCCUCCCAAAAUCUGGCAAGCUGACCUUUCGCGUAAAUCUCACAAAAGUUACGGGCUGUUUUGAGAUCAGUCAGGACAAUGGACUUGUGGCAAGUGGAGUGAUUUCACCUGCAAAGAUUGGGCCCAAACACGAUUCAGAGGAUGUUCCAGUCCCUCAGAGUCCAAAUUUGGAACAGGAACUGACAACAGACGAUAUCUACAAAGAACUGAGGCUACGUGGAUAUGACUUCGGACCAAAGUUUAGGUCUAUAGUAAAAACAAGAUGUAGAGGUGAACAAGGUGACUUACUGUGGACUAACAACUGGGUAUUACUCCUUGAUGCCAUGAUACAGAUCCAUCUGAUCGUGAAACCCGACAUCAGGUCAGCAUUACCUACAGGGAUAAGGAGACUGACCAUUGACCCUGUCUUCCACAACAGUUCAGUCCAGCUGGACCACAUUACUGGAAAGAGAACUGUGAAGGUAUUUGUUAACAAGUAUGGGGAUACAACAACAGCAGGAGGAGCAAUUAUGGAGGGAGUAACCUUGACCAAGGUUAACCUUCGACCCCAUGACCAGACUGUUGCCCUUGGUGAGAUGACCUUUGUUCCCUACCGAGAUACAGCUGGUCAGAAGAUGUCCACUUUCCCUUCAUUGGUCAAGUAUACAGAACAAUGCAGUCAUGUUGCUGCCGCCAUCCUCAACAAAUUUGAAUCCCACCUGGGAGAGUCCAGCAUUCCAAAUAAGGAAUUGUUCGAAGCUGUAGCAAAAACAUGUAAAGCAGAUGACAUCAGCAACUUGAAGAUCAAAUCGCAGCAAUUGGAUCAGGUAGACUGGAGUCUGUUAAGAACUUUGAUGAAAAUUUCUUCUAUGAGACUUACAAGAGGAUUGGCUGACAACAUUGUCAGUGUACUGGAGGCCUUUGGGUCAGACAUGGAACGGGACCAGUUACUGAAUCAUAUGACAAACAAGGUGGUUCUCAAUCCAUGUCUAGACAUUGUCUCCGAAAAUGUGCUAUCCAGAACACUUCAUGUUUUAGAGGUCAAAGAUCUUGGCAAUAUUUUCGGAGACAAGGUCAGAGGUCAUCUGCAGCAGACACAGAGGGGAGCAGUCAGUUUUCAGCAGGUUGACUGGAAGCUUGAAGGGCCAUCUAAAUCAGAGGAUCUAUUUCAGCUUGUUGUCCUAGAUGACUUCCUUCAUGGGCAACCUGACAUUAUGGAAUCUCUCAGGAAAGUUUCGGCAUUGGUUGCAGCAGAUGGCUUCCUCAUACUGCUGGAGGUCACCCACAACUUUCACAUACAGGCCAUGCUGGAUGGCCUGAUGAAACCAAGUUUCAAUGUGAAAGAUGAAAGAACUUUAGGUUGGUAUUGCAGUCCCUCCAGGUGGCAAGAACUGUUCAGAUUGGCAGAUUUUGAAAUUGUUGUGGAGCGAACAGAUGAUCUUCUUUACACCCUGUAUCUACUGAAAAAAAAGACAGAAGCUGAUCCAAAAAGGCAAACUGUGGUCCACAUCGAUGAUCUCAAUUUCUCCUGGUUGGAUGAUCUCAAGGCCAAGUUCAAGGAUGUGCAGACAAGACCCAAGGGAGAUAACCUUUGGGUUGUAGCCAGCAAGGAGAAGCGAAGCGGAAUUCAAGGUUUGGUACGAUGCCUUCGUCGAGAACCAGGAGGGGAACGAAUGCGGUGUGUAUUCCAUGCUGAUGGUGUUGACAUGGGCAGCAAACUUGGGCCUGCCUACCUGGAAGAUCUGAUGGAAAAAGACUUGGUGAUGAAUGUUUACAAGGAAGGAGUAUGGGGCUCCUACAGACAGGUCCCUCCCAAGUCGGAGAUGAAAACUGAAGAAAAGGGAAACAAGAACAUGGAGGUCAGAAUGAAGAAAUAUGGUGACAUGUCUAGUUUCUGUUGGUCAUGUGUAGAACCCUCAAAGCUGGACGUGACCACACACAGAUCAAAGGUCUUGUGUGAUGUUGUCUGUGUGGCUCUUAAUACUGCAGACAGAAUGAUUGCCACAGGGAAAUUAGUGACUGGGGAGGCAGGUGGCACACUUUGUACAGAGUUCUCAGGCAUUACACAUGAUGGGCGCCGGGUAAUGGGGCUGGCUCCUAAGCAGGCAUUGUCAAAGGUAGUAUUGGUAGACAAAGGUCAGAUCUGGGACAUUCCUGAAACGUGGUCUUACAAAGAGGCUGCUUCUGUAUUAUGGGCAUAUGGUCUAGCCAUCUAUGCCCUUAAAGUUAGAGGAAACCUUACCAAGAAUUCAACUGUGCUCAUACAUGAUGGAGCAAGUGACAUUGGUCAGGCUGCCCUGGCAAUCGCUUUGGGCUGUACCACAAACGUUUAUGUGACUGUGAAGAUGCAGUCUCACAAAGACAUUUUGAAUCAACGUUUCCCAAAGCUAUCUGAAGAUCGCAUUUACCUUUCUCAACAGUCCAACAACUAUGAGGCAGAUAUCCUCCGAGCAACUAAAGGCAAAGGUGUCAGUAUGGUGUUGACCUCACAGAUGGCCGACAACCUCCAAUCUGAUGUUCGUUUGUUACAACAUGGUGGCAAGCUUCUAGACUUAAACACCUACCUCCCAUCAGAUCGUAUACCUCAAGGAACUUUCCAGGGUAGCUACGAACUGCAGGGUAUCCGGAUUGAUUCAGUCAUGGAUAUGGACAUGCCCUCUGUGGCCGAGAUAAUUCUACAGGGCAUACGUAACAAUACCAUCAAGCCUCUCCCUUUCACCACUUACCCUAUCCACAAACUCAAGGAGGCUUUUGAUGCCAUGACUACUGAGAAAGGUUCUGCUUCCAAAAUACUUGUGGAGAUGGUGCCCAGUACAUCGAGUAAAACGCUGUCAGGAGACAUCCCAGUGUCACUGCAGUGUUUCUGUCCUGCAAACAAGUCCUACAUUAUCACAGGCGGUCUUGGAGGCUUUGGCAUUGAGUUGGCUCAGUGGCUAAUUGACCAAGGAGCCAAACAUAUUAUUCUUGUGUCAAGGUCAGGGGUUAAAAAUAGCUACCAGGCUCGUAAGCUACUGUUAUGGAAGGAUGAAGGCGUGACCGUGAGAAUCUCAAAUGAUGACAUCAAAACUCCAGCAGGCACCAAGGAUUUAUUUGACAAGGCAAGGAGUCUAGGGGAGGUAGCUGGAGUUUUCCAUCUUGCCAUGGUGCUGAAAGAUGGCUUGUUUGAGAACCAGUCUAUGGAGAAUUACAAGGCUGUCUGUGAAGCCAAAAUUGAUGUUGUAUUGAACCUUGACCUUGAAACUCGAACCAGAUGUAAGGAAAGUCUUGAAUGGUUUGUAGUGUUCUCCUCUGUAAGCAGUGGCUUUGGAAAUGCAGGCCAGACUAACUACGGCUUUGCCAAUGCUGUGAUGGAGAGAGUUUGUGAAGAAAGGUCAGCCCAAGGUUUGCCAGGCUUGGCAAUCCAGUGGGGUGCUAUUGGUGACGUGGGUGUUGCCAGCGAUAAGACUGUGGUUGGUGGUACUCUACCCCAAAGACUGGUGUCCUGUUUGGAGGUUCUGGAGGCACUUCUUCACCAACCCCACCCAGUAGUGUCGAGUUAUGUUCCUGCCCAGACUGAAGACCUUGGUCCCCAGGCUAAGGGACAGAAACAAGAUAUUACAACAUCUGUACUCCAGAUCAUUGGAAUUCAACCAGGGAACACUCCCAGCCUGGACAAACCUCUGGUAGAAAUCGGACUCGAUUCACUCAUGCUUGCUGAAAUUAAACAACUUCUUGACCAUGAGUUUGACCUUAGUAUCUCCGUUGAUGAAAUCCGUUCAUUGACAAUUCGGCAGCUGAGAAUGAUGUUGAAAGAAGACUUGGACAACUCAGUGCCAGAUGUUACUGUGGAGAAUUUGUCCUCAAAAGUGUCCAUUACUAAGGAUGAUCUUGUUGCCAGGAAAACCAUCAAAAGGCUGAAUGAUGUAGCCAAUGACAGACCUGCUGUUUUCAUCGUUCAUUCUUUAGGAGGCACAAUUUCCAAAAUAGCUGACUUGGUUUCCAGUGUGGCUGCACCAUUGUAUGGAAUCCAGCUGACAACUGAUGUACCUACGCAUUCCAUCCAUACAAUAGCUGCCCACUACUUACAGGAGAUAGAUACUCUGAUACCAGAUCAGCCGUAUCAUCUGGUAGGCGUGGAAUUUGGUUGUCUUGUUGCCAUGGAAAUGAGACAACAACUUGAGAAGUUCCAUGUGGAUAGCAAGAAGAUUGGGAAACUUGUGUUGGUAGAUGGUAGUCCUGUGGUCAUUCCACAACUUUAUGGAGAUGAAUUGAAAGCUCUCCAAAAACUGUCCUGGCAUGAACAGGACAACAACAUCCUCGUGAGCUUUGUGGAAUCUCUUACAGGGGAGACAACUAUCAGAAAAACACUUGAGGAGAAGAAUUCUUUUGACAGCAAGGUACAAGAAGUGACAUCAAAUCUGAUCUCUCUUCAGCCUCAGCUGAAUACAGAAGACAUUGCCAUGGCAACCAGAAUUUACCACAUGCUUUCCUCUUUGGCAGUGACCUUGAUGUGGAGGUCAAAUAUUAAAGGUGAUGUGACCUUGUUGAGGCCUUUACAACCAUCACUAAGCUACUGUGUGCAACAUCAAGAUUAUGGGCUAAAAGAGUAUGUGGAUGGUGCUGUAAAUAUUGUCAACUGUCAAUUCACUCACAAGAACCUGGCAAAAGAGAGCUUCAAGAAAGCACUAGAGGAGAUACUAGUAGCAUAG